GUGAAGUAGAUAAGAAUAUCAGUGAAUGAAUAUGAAUCAAACAGUACUAAUGUUACUCCUUCAUAUUACCUCCAUCUUUCUAAUGUUAAGUAUUUGUAUUUCGUUAGACACCAUAGCUGUGCAUAAAUAUAUCACAGAUGGAGAGACCAUCGUUUCGGAGAAUGAAAAAUUCGAGCUGGGAUUCUUUAGCCCAGGUAGUUCGAAGCACCGAUACCUGGGGAUAUGGUUUAAGAACACAUCACCUCAUGAGGUUGUAUGGGUGGCCAACCGCGAAACUCCCCUUAUCAACACCUCAGGCACGGUCAAGUUGGACAACCAAGGAAUCCUGUCUCUUGUUAAUGGAUCCGGUGCGGUCAUUUGGUCAUCCAACUCCUUUGUAUCCAUCACAAGUGUCAAUCCCAUAGCACAACUCUUGGAUAGUGGCAAUUUGGUAAUUAAGGAUGCGACUAGUGUCAUUUGGCAAAGUUUUGAUUACCCUGGAGAUACGUUCAUAUCAGGAAUGAAAUUGGGGAAGAACCUCAUAACAGGAAGAGAGUUGUACCUGACAUCAUGGAGGAGUUCGGAUGAUCCUUCCACAGGAGAGUAUACAGUCGGGUUCUUAAUGGAGGAAUGCAGGUAUCCACAAGUAUAUAUUAAGAAAAACUCUGUUAUUGAAACAAGGAUCGGGCCGUAUGAUGGUGUAGAGUUUGCAGGCCUGCCAAACUAUAAGCAUAACCCUAAUCAUAUUUACACAGUAGAUAUGGUUGCUCAUCAGAAGGAGAUGUAUUUUAAGUAUACUUCUAAUCUUACUGCCAGUUCAUUAAAGUCUACUGUGAAUCCUAGUGGAAUUCUUGAGAUCUCGCAGCUAAAUCACCGCAACAAUGAAUGGAUGUCAGAUCACACUAUGCCAGUAGAUUAUUGUGACAACUAUGGACUAUGCGGCCCGUAUGGAAGCUGUAGUACAGCCACUUCUCCUACCUGUGAGUGCUUGAAAGGGUUUGAGUUACUGAAUCCUAAUAAUUGGACGAGUGGAUGUACACGGAGCAGAGCCUUGGAUUGUGGGCCUGGGGAGGAUUUUAUAACUUUUUCAAGCAUGAAAUUGCCGGAUACACAGAACGCAGUGUUUAAUGCCAGCUUGAGUCUCCAGGAAUGUGAGGUAGCCUGCAAGGAUAAUUGCUCAUGCACCGCCUAUGCAAAUCCAAACAUGACUGCAGGUGGAGUUGGAUGCUUGCUAUGGUUUGGAGAUCUGAUUGACGUACGAGUGUACUCACAAAAUGGGCAAGAUCUUCAUGUUAGGUUGGCGGCUACUGAACUAUCAGAACUUAAUAUGGUCUCCCAAUCUAAGAGGAAAAGAGUACUCACCUUAGUCAUAUCAACUUCAUCAGCUUUGGUGUUUCUGCUUGCGGUCUCAUAUGCUUGUUUAAAGAAAUAUAGAACGUCUCGCAUGAACAGAAGAGGUAACUGGUACGCCCUUCGUAAAAAGAACACAGAUGUUCGAAUUGAAGAUCUGGAUGAGCUGCCCUUUUUUAGCCUACAACAAAUAGCUAAGGCUACAGAUAAUUUCAGCAUCAAUAAUAAGAUAGGAGAAGGCAGCUUUGGCCCUGUUUACAAGGGUGUAUUGGAAGAUGGUCAAGAAGUGGCCAUAAAGAGGCUAUCAGAAACAUCUAAACAAGGGCUGGUUGAGUUCAAGAAUGAAGUCAUUUGUAUUGCAAAACUUCAGCACCGGAACCUUGUGAAACUUCUUGGAUACUGCGUGCAUGGAAAUGAAAUGAUUUUGAUUUAUGAAUACACGGCUAACAAAAGCUUGGACACAAUUCUAUUUGAUGAAACCAAAUGCUUAAUGCUUGACUGGCCUCAGCGACUUAAUAUCAUACAUGGGAUAGCUAGAGGUAUUCUAUAUUUACAUCAAGAUUCCCGCCUUCAAAUUAUCCACAGAGAUCUCAAGCCAGGAAAUAUUCUGUUGGAUGGCGACAUGAACCCAAAAGUCUCGGACUUUGGUCUUGCUAGAGAGUUUGUAGGAUCAGAUACUGCUGCUACGACAAGAAAAGUGGUUGGCACAUAUGGUUACAUUUCACCAGAGUAUGCAGUACACGGGCAAUUUUCUGUAAAGUCGGACGUAUUUAGCUUUGGUGUUUUGGUGCUGGAGAUAGUGAGUGGUAAGAAAAACAGAGGAUUCUAUCACAAAGAUCACAAUGACAACCUUCUUGGACAUGCAUGGAGGCUCUUUAGAGAAGGCAGGACCAGUGAAUUCAUGGAUGCAUCUUUACACGACGUAUGCAAUGUCUCUGAAGUGCUAAGGUCAAUACAUGUUGGGCUACUAUGUGUGCAGCAUCAUGCACAUGAUAGACCAACUAUGUUGUCUGUUGUUCUAAUGCUUGUUAGCGAAGGCGUGUUGCCUCAACCUAAACAACCUGCUUUUUUUACUGGAGAGAGCGAUAAUGAAGUUCAGUCUGUGUCAUCAGUUAAUGAAGACACGCUAACGCAACUUUAUGGUCGGUAGCAAGCCAGUGGCGGACUUACAAUGUUAGUAGGGGUAGCACGGGCUACCCCUCAACCCCGUCUCCGUAGUGUAAAAAUACCCCUUAACUCAGUGUAAAAAUACCCCGCAACUUCGUCUCCGUUAUACAAAGGAUACCCCUGGUGAGGAAGAUACUGAAUAGGUCACAGCCUCAUAGGUGGUGUUUUCUUUUUUUAUGUAUUAGAUUUCUAUUGGUGUAUGAUUGUUCUUCUAUUUCUUGUCCAAAAAAGAAAAAAAAAUAUAUAUAUCAUCGAUUGUUCUUUUAUUUC